AUGGAGGAUGACGAGCGAACCACGGACUUCGAGGUCCAAAUAUCACCUCGCGCGCGGUCCGGCAGCACAAGCAGCCACAAGCGAAGCCUCUCCGGCUCUCUCUUCUCAAGAUUAUCAUUCCUACGAACGAGCCAAGCAGACGCCUCAGCCCGAGACAUGCAACACGAUGACGCCGACCUGCGUUCCAUGCCACACGGUCCAGGCGAAGGACCGACCAGCCGCGCAAUGUCCGCCGCAAUGGCGCAGCGCCGAACCAGACGUCGCCGCGGCUCCCUCCGAAAGACCGCAUUACUAGGAACCAGACUCGAAUCCCGCGAGAGAAGAGCUUCCAAGGCAGCUGAAGCUUUGCGCCCAGAACCCACCCUCAACGACCCACAAACAUCCCCUCUCAAGACUCAACUCUCCCCUGAUGCCCCGACACACACCCAGCAACCUCAACGGCAAUCCUUCGACGAUGACCAGCCCACUUGGUUCCGCGCAAAUACCCAGAAACCGGUUCGCCCGUCCAUCACGCGUCGUCGCCAGGGUCUCGCGCAGCACACCCUCCGUGCUGAGGAAACAGCCACUGAUGAUGAGGACCUUGUUUCCCUCCCGCGUCUGAAUAUGAACUCCCCUGGUCAGAAUACAAGUCCCAAGAAUACCGCCGCAAACUUCCACAUCUCGCCACCUCCCCCGGACAACUAUUAUCUAUCCCCCGAAACAACCUACAGACCCGUACAUCGGCCCAAGUCCUCACCGCUAGCCACACACCCCGUUGAAAUGAAGAGCAGUCCCGAGGUAGACUGGGACUACUCCGAGACAGAGUGGUGGGGCUGGAUCAUCCUGAUUGUAACGUGGCUGGUGUUCGUGGUGGGCAUUGGAAGUUGUUUCGAGGUUUGGAGCUGGGCUUGGGAUGUUGGGGAAACGCCUUAUGCGCCACCAGAGCUAGAGGACGAUCCCACAUUACCCAUCGUGGGAUACUAUCCUGCUCUUAUCAUUCUUACGGCUGUCAUGUCGUGGGUUUGGGUUGUUGUUGCAUGGGUUGGAAUGAAAUACUUUAAGCAUGCUAAUAUAUCUGGGGAGGAUAUCUGA